GAGGGAGACACCCAGCCGCCACCAGCCAGCAGCCACUACGGACCCUAACGGCACACGAAUUUCGUGCACUGGGCCUCUAGUAUGUUAAUAAACAAAGAAAUGUGUAUUAAGGGCAGGCAAAUCAAGGGUAGUACCCAGAUGACAAAUUUGCAUGUUUUUUUGGGGUGAGGGACUUGGUUUUGAUUUUUGCAAAUUAGGAGUCCACCUAGUGGCCUUGGAGGGGGUACAUUCAGAGAAAGGAUACGGGAUGCAAUCAAAUAAACAACAUCUCCUGUUCUUAGCCUGCAGUCCAUAAACUUCUUAGAAUUGUCCCUGUCUCUGUGUAUACUUUCUUCUUAGGGUGAGGGAGAGUAUCCCAGAUUCUCAAGAAGUGAGGACCCCGAUCUCUACAAAGCCUCCUCCUAGCUCCCACAGUUCAUGGGUUCUUGCCCAAGCUCUCACUCUGAUGCUCCCUUGAGUCGUGGAGGUCCUGGCAUUUGCUGCUGACCAAUCCUGUCCCCUGGGACUCAGGAGCCUUCACUUCCAUCCCUAGCCUUGGGCUUCCCACUUCCCAGGGGUGAAGUGUUUCUCAGCUUGGCUGACGGUGACCUCAGGCAAGUUGCUUGCCAUUUCUAAGCCCCAGUUCCCUAAUCUACAUACGGUACUAGGAAGGCUUAUUCCCACCUUCUAAAAUUGUGAGGGUUAAAUAGAACAUGCCUGCUAGACGCUAACCACAGUUCCUGGCCUGCAGUAAAAGUGCAGUAGAGCCGAAACCGAUGGUGGUGAUUCCAACUUGUCUGCUCCUGAUCCCCCUCCUCCUCUGGUGCUGGGAGCACUGUUCUCCCCGGAGCAGCAAAGCAGGUCUGUGGGGUUCUGGGAUCCGAUUACUUUUUGGUGUUGCUUCCGUAAUCGGAUCCCCCUAAGCAGAGGUGGUAUAAACCUGCUUACGAGGCCCUGGCUCACAGAGCUGCAGCAUGGAGCGGGGCGCGGGAGCCAGGCUGCUGCUGCUGCUGUGGGCGGCGUGCUGCUGGCAUGCCCGCGCGGUUGGUUCCAGCCGCUACACCAUCGGGGUGACCAACGGGGGUCCCUGGGGCGACUGGGCCUGGCCCGAGAUGUGUCCCGACGGACUUUUCACCAUCGGGUUCUCCAUCAAGGUGGAGGCCCCACAAGGCAUUUCUGGAGACGACACGGCCAUGAACGGGAUUCGGCUGCACUGCUCCCGUGGGCGCACAGUGGAGUCCGAGUCUGGAAGGUGGGGCGCGUGGAGCGAGCCGCAGUGGUGUCCCCGCGGCGGCUUCCUCGUGGCUUUCUCACUCCGAGUGGAGGCACCCAAGACCCUGGGGGACAACACGGGCGCGAACAACGUGCGCUUCCGCUGCUCCGACGGCACGGAGCUGGAGGGGCCUGGCCUGGCCUGGGGAGACUUUGGGAAGUGGAGUGAGGCGUGUCCCAAAGGCAUCUGUGGUGCGCAGACCAAGGUCCAGGCGUCUAGAGGCCUCCUGGACGACACCGCCCUUAACGACGUGCGCUUUUUCUGCUGCAGCAGCUGAUCCCCGUGGGCCCUCUCCUGGCCCCACCUCGGCUGUCCCACAUUCCGCAUUAAAGCUUCCCCGCCCUG